AUGCCGGCACCCGUGAAUGUCAACCGUCUUGACACUUUCCAACCACGUCUGAAGACCUUCACUAUAAAAAGAUUAAACACUAUCAUAGAUUUUUCCCAAAAGAUUUGGCAAUGGCUCAAAACGAUCAAAAUACAACUCAAAAUCUGUUUUCAAAUGGUCGAUAAGGUUUAUGAUAAGUCCCAGAAAAUCAUCCCUAAACCAUAUGUUCCUAGAGACGAGUUACCUACUCGUUUUAGCGAAAAUUCUUACGGUUGCGGUAGUCGAAGAUUUUAUACCAUGAAGAGAGGACUAGUACUAUUACUACUCGCAGAGUCACUUAUCAGUAUUCAGUUGAACCAACUAUAA